GGGUUCAAAUGCGGUUUCCCCUAAAGAAUGCUGCUGAGAGUUUCCAUAAUGAUACGCUGAUUGAUGGGGAAAUGAUUAUCGACCAAAUUCCAGAUGUAGGACAGAAGAGAAGAUAUUUAGCAUAUGAUUUGGUUGCAUUAAACGGUUUCUCCGUUAUGAAGUUGCCGUUUUCUGAAAGGUGGAAACUACUUGAAGAAGAAGUAAUUCGACCAAGGAAUUAUGAGAGAAAGCAAUUAGAAUCUGACAGCAAGGGACAUCCCAUUUAUAGAUAUGAUAUGGAGCCAUUUUCAGUAUGUAGAUGUCAAGAUACAUGAGUUAAUUAGUAUGGC